AAAUGCAGCCUCGCACAGUUGUUUCCAAAACGGCCGCCGUUGCACGCGUUGUUGUCGUCCGCCCGAUGGCCCUCAUCGAAACUUAAGCGAAAAUGAAAUUCGGUUAACGUCAACGAAAAACGAGUUGCAGGGCCACAAAAAGAAGAAACAGAAGCGCUGGAAGAGACGCAGACGGAGACAGUGACAGUGGCAGUGGCAGAGCCAAAGAGCUAAUCUGUUGUGCAGUGCGUUUUAUCAGCAGCAGCAGAAACGACAACAGAAAACGAAAACGAAAGUCGAAACAGUCGCGGAUCUGUGGCUCUCGUAAUGUCCCAAUAAAAAUAAAUGAAAAUAAUAAAAUAAUCUCAACUACAGCCGGAAUGUAGUUAAAAAGUGAAAAUAAAUCAGAGACACAAAGUGCUCUUAAGCGAUACCCCCAAAACGUUCCCCAAGCAACAAAAAUAAAUCAAAUAUUAUACAAAAUACCGAAAAAUAAAAUAAAAUAAAAUUAGCCCGAAACGCCAGCGGCAGGACGGGGUGAGAGAGGUGAAGAGUGACCUUCAAACGGCAAUCAAAUAGCUGGCCCAAAUAUCAACAAAAAUAAGAAAAAAGCAACCAAAACAGCAGAGCACAUUAAUGGAGAUCAGGCGGCGCACCUCCAAGCCAUGGCUGGCACUGAUGCUCUGGCUGUGGCUGUGGCUCUGUGUUGGCACUGCCAAGGGCGACAACAGCAAUCAGAGCUCCACACAAAGUACACAUUGGCAACAGCAGCAGCAGCAGAGAUAUCAAAGUCAGCUGAAUGAAUCGCUUAGAGGCGAUUUGCCAGAGGAACAGCCACAACAAGCGACAUCGAUUGUUAGCUCUCCCCAUGAGAUGCAUUUGACACGCACCUCCGUCAUCUUUGGACUGACCAAGGUGCCGGCGAACGACAGCCAAGUGAGUGCCCAGUGCCAGGGACAGCUGCGGCAGGUGCAGCGAGGAAUACUCACCAAACAGCCAUGGGCCAUGAAAGUACUCGAUGCUUCUGGCACGAAACCCUCUGGCUUUGUGUACGGCCAGAACUAUUGGCUGGGCAGCCGUGAGGCCUGUCGCGGCGUGCAACGACCCGUGGGCAUUACCCUCUCGCAGAACUUCGAGCGGGUGAUGCACUAUGGCAUCAUUACACAGCAGGCGCCCUUCGAUAUGGAUUAUCGGGUGAUUUACCUGAGUCACAGCUCACCCUGGCAGGUGGAGAUCAAGCUGAUGUCCGAGCAGAUCAUACACAUUGGACUGUGCCUGCCCCGGGCCUGCAGCUCGGCGGAGGUGAAGCAUUUGGCGCAGGAGUAUGUGACCGGUGGACUGUUCACCGAGAGCGAGAUCUUUGACAUACGCCCGCAGGUGGUGUACAUGAAGGAUCUGCAGCUGAAGGAGGUGUUCUUUGAGCGUCCCAGCUUUCGCCUGCUCGUGGCCUGUGUCCUGGCCACGGGCGCUUUGAUGCUCUGCGCCCAGCAGCUGACGGCGGCCAUAAAGGCAGCUCCAACGACGGCUGAUGAUCCGGGGCUGCUGGCGCCCGCUGAGUCCGAGCUGUGGCGGGCACUCCACUCCCUGCUGCAGUGGCGGCGCCUGCAGAAGUUUGUCGAAUGCUUCGAUGUGCCCACAAACUGGGGCAAGAUCUUCGCAGUGCGCGAGAACAGCCCCACUGAAAUACCGCUAAUGAACGGGCUGAGGUCGGUGUGCGCCAUCUGGAUCAUGGUCUUCCAUGUCGUGUGGUUCAUGUACUUUACGGUGCACAACAAAACGGUUCUAAUAUCGUACGCGGAGCAGGCCUUCUUCCAAUAUGUCUCCUCGGCCCCGCUGCUGGUGGAUGUCUUCUUUACCAUCAGUGGCUUCCUGCAGACCUUCAACUUUCUGCGCAACUCACGGCAGCUGGAGGCAGUGCGACAGAAUAGUCUGCGGCAGAACCUGCAGCUCUUCGGCAAGCUGCUGUUCCAUCGGUACCUGCGCCUGGGACCGCUCUAUCUGGUGGUGAUGGCCACCGUGGAUAUGGUGUACGCCUACAUUGGGGAUGUCUCCGUCUACCACAUCAACGAGCGCUUCGAUGAGAUGUGCUCCAGGCACUGGUGGCGCAAUCUUCUGUUCAUUCAGAACCUCUUCGAUCAUCGGGAUAUGUGCGCCAACUGGAGCUGGUCUCUGGCCUGCGAAAUGCAGUUCUUUGUCCUGGCCAAUGCAUUGCUCUUCCUCUAUGUGAAGCAUCCCAAGCUAACCAAAGCGCUGGUGGCCUCUGCACUCGUCUCGACCAUUGUCUGGUCGUAUGGCAUCGGUGUGAGCAUCAAGUUUCAGCUGUCCUUCGAUGCCGCCUUUGCCACUGGCACAGAGAUCUACACCUCGCCCUUUGUGCGUGUUCUGCCGUACAUUUUGGGCGGCAUCACAGCCUGGUGCCUCAAGGAGCGACGUGUGCAGCUGGAGUUGAGCGAGUCCCGUGAGCGUCUGUACUGGCAUUUCGCGCUGCUGGUUUUCUUCGGCUGCAUCUACUCGACGGUGCGGCGGGAUUUGGGGCCCCUGAUGGCCAUCACGCUGUUUGUCAUGGGCCGCCUGUUCUUCUCGCUGAGCGUCUGCUGGAUGAUAGCGGGCAGUGCCGGUGGUCGAGGCGUCUGGUGGUCACGCCUGCUGGAGGCCAAGGGCUUCCAGCAUGUCAGUCGGCUGUCGUAUGCCAUUUACCUGCUCAAUCCUUUGGUCAUUGCCUUGUUCUACAGCCUGACCAGCUCCAGCACGCAUGCGGAUCCCUUCAUGCUGUGCGUUGUCACCUGCGGCUUUGCUGUCAUCUGCUACCUGGCCUCGAUUCUCUUCUCGCUGGCCUUCGAGCUGCCGUACAGCAAUCUGUCGAGUCUACUGCUGCGGCGAGGCAAAGCGAACAGCAGCAGCGGCAACGGCAGCAAGCCGAAGAUCGCCUAAUAGAUGCCUAGCCCUUAAGUUAGAUCGUUGAGAUCUGCAACGCACACGCCUCCAUCAUCUGACAAUUGUGAUCGCUUUCAUGUACAACUAAACUAAACCAAUCAUCAUAAUCGAAUAAUCGAACCUUUUAGUGCCUUAGUCUCUUGUCUUAGUCAAACCGUAUACCCUAUACUAUACGUACCAUAUAUAUAAAUCGUAAAUCGUAAAACGUAAAUCGUACAUCGUUCAUGGGUGGCCAUCAUACUUAAUUACAUAUUUACAUACGUUUAUUAACGCAUUAACUUUAGCACACAUUCGGAACGUUGGACGUUUUAUAUCU